ACCUGAAUUCUAAAAAAGAAAACGUUUCUUUUUCUUUUUCUAUAUAUAUAUAAAUAUUAUGAACCGUACCAGGGGAAGAAGUAUUUCUCAGCUUCACAACCCAAGUGAUGACGAGUUAACAACGAUAGAAAGGCAUUUUGAAUUUGUCAAUAUGGCAUUCAAGUACAGUAUCAAUGACUUGGAAAUGAUCAUUCAAAUGCUUCGGGCCAGGUAACAAAAAGACCCCUUCGAUGAUGGAGAAAAAAUUGAUUCACUCGGUUAGGCUUGCGGCCGAAGAAGUUUA